GUGGCUUCUCUGCGUCCCCGCGCGCCGCCCAGCCAGUCCCUGCUCCUCUUUCAGCCUGGGCUGGAUGGGGAGAUGAUCUACACCUCCGCCCCGGCAGCCGCGUCCGGGGGAACAGCUGGGAUUGAGGACCUUGGCAGGAGAAACUGAGAUGUGACCCCUUCAACUACCCAUUGCCCUCUUUGGCAUCCUGCCUGCUUCUCCCACUUCCUUUCCCACUUGAUACCCCCACUGCACAGAGAGCGUUUGCCUCCAUCUCCUGGGAGAGAGGAACGGCCACCAGGCGCACAGCCCCGCAGAAGUUGGGCUCAGCUGGGCAGCUGUGAUCCUGCUGCGGUAUGGGGUGGGCCAGUGAAGGGGAUGAGGCUCAGAAUAGGGUCUGGGAGACAGGAGUUUGAGUGGGCUUUUCCUGCUCCUCCGGCCCAAGGCUCGGGACAGGGGAAGAAAUGCUGAACCCGCGUCUAGGCGACCGCUACCGCGGCAGCAGCUUCAGCAUCAGCUUCAGCAUCAGCACCGGCGGGACAGCGACAGCGGGGGCGGCGCAGGCGCACUGUGCCCCGCGGAGCCUGCAGUUGCCUAGCCCCGUGUGCGGCACCGCCACAGUCUGGGCAGCGGCGGCCGGGGGAGCGCUACUACCAUGAACUGCCUGGUCCUCCUCCCCAGAGCUGCUCAUCCAGGUCGGGCUGGAGACACAGUCAGAGGACCCCGUCGCCGUCGUCGCGCCCUGUCUUCUUUCGGCUCGAUCUUUUCCUCCACCUUUUCCUCUUCUUCCUCCACCUUCUCUUCCUGCAUCCCCCCCUCCCCCGCCGCGGAUCCUGGCCGCUGCUCUCCAGACCCAGGAUGCCGGGGGGCAAGAGAGGGCUGGUGGCACCGCAAAACACAUUUUUGGAGAACAUCGUCAGGCGUUCCAGUGAAUCGAGUUUCUUACUGGGAAAUGCCCAGAUUGUGGAUUGGCCUGUAGUUUAUAGUAAUGAUGGUUUUUGCAAACUCUCUGGGUAUCAUCGAGCUGACGUCAUGCAGAAAAGUAGCACAUGCAGUUUUAUGUAUGGAGAAUUGACUGACAAGAAAACCAUUGAGAAAGUCAGGCAGACUUUUGACAACUACGAGUCAAACUGCUUUGAAGUUCUUUUGUAUAAGAAAAACAGAACCCCUGUUUGGUUUUAUAUGCAGAUUGCACCAAUAAGAAAUGAACAUGAAAAAGUGGUUUUGUUCCUAUGCACUUUCAAGGAUAUUACGUUGUUUAAACAGCCAAUAGAGGAUGAUUCAACAAAAGGUUGGACAAAAUUUGCCCGAUUGACACGGGCUUUGACAAAUAGCCGAAGUGUUUUGCAGCAGCUCACGCCAAUGAAUAAAACAGAGGUGGUCCACAAACAUUCAAGAUUAGCUGAAGUUCUUCAGCUGGGAUCAGAUAUCCUUCCUCAGUACAAGCAAGAAGCACCAAAGACGCCACCACACAUUAUUUUACACUACUGUGCUUUUAAAACAACUUGGGAUUGGGUGAUUUUAAUUCUUACCUUCUACACCGCCAUUAUGGUUCCUUAUAACGUUUCCUUCAAAACGAAGCAGAAUAACAUAGCCUGGCUGGUGCUGGACAGUGUAGUGGAUGUUAUUUUUCUGGUUGACAUUGUUUUAAAUUUUCACACGACUUUUGUGGGACCUGGUGGAGAGGUCAUUUCUGACCCCAAGCUGAUAAGGAUGAACUAUCUGAAAACUUGGUUUGUGAUCGAUCUGUUGUCUUGUUUACCUUAUGACAUCAUCAAUGCCUUUGAAAAUGUGGAUGAGGGAAUCAGCAGUCUCUUCAGUUCUUUAAAAGUGGUGCGUCUCUUGCGACUGGGCCGUGUUGCUAGGAAACUGGACCAUUACCUGGAGUAUGGAGCCGCGGUCCUUGUGCUCCUGGUCUGUGUGUUUGGACUAGUUGCUCACUGGCUGGCCUGCAUAUGGUACAGCAUCGGGGACUACGAGGUCAUUGAUGAAGUCACAAACACCAUCCAAAUAGACAGUUGGCUCUACCAGCUGGCCUUGAGCAUUGGGACUCCGUAUCGAUACAAUACCAGUGCAGGGAUAUGGGAAGGAGGACCCAGCAAGGAUUCACUCUACGUGUCCUCUCUCUACUUUACCAUGACAAGCCUUACAACCAUAGGAUUUGGAAACAUAGCUCCUACUACCGAUGUGGAGAAGAUGUUUUCAGUGGCCAUGAUGAUGGUUGGCUCUCUUCUUUAUGCAACUAUUUUUGGAAAUGUUACCACAAUUUUCCAGCAAAUGUAUGCCAACACCAACCGGUACCAUGAGAUGCUGAAUAAUGUACGGGACUUUCUGAAACUCUAUCAGGUCCCCAAAGGCCUUAGUGAACGAGUCAUGGAUUAUAUUGUCUCAACAUGGUCCAUGUCAAAAGGCAUUGACACAGAGAAGGUCCUCUCCAUCUGUCCCAAGGACAUGAGAGCUGAUAUCUGUGUUCAUCUAAACCGGAAAGUUUUUAAUGAACAUCCUGCUUUUCGACUGGCCAGCGACGGGUGUCUGCGUGCCCUGGCGGUGGAGUUCCAAACCAUUCACUGUGCUCCCGGGGACCUCAUUUACCACGCGGGAGAAAGUGUGGAUGCCCUCUGCUUUGUUGUGUCAGGAUCCUUGGAAGUCAUCCAGGAUGAUGAGGUGGUGGCUAUUUUAGGAAAAGGGGAUGUGUUUGGAGACAUCUUCUGGAAGGAAACCACCCUUGCUCAUGCGUGUGCCAACGUCCGAGCACUGACAUACUGUGACCUCCACAUCAUAAAGCGAGAAGCCUUGCUUAAAGUCCUGGACUUUUAUACAGCUUUUGCAAACUCGUUCUCGAGGAAUCUCACUCUUACUUGCAAUCUAAGGAAACGGAUCAUUUUCCGCAAAAUCAGUGAUGUGAAGAAAGAAGAGGAGGAGCGUCUCAGGCAAAAGAACGAGGUCACACUCAGCAUCCCCGUGGACCACCCUGUCAGGAAGCUCUUCCAGAAGUUCAAGCAGCAGAAGGAGCUGCGGAAUCAGGGAUCCACACAGAGUGACCCCGAGCGGAACCAGCUACAGGUGGAAAGUCACUCCUUCCAGAAUGGAGCCUCCAUCACCGGCACCAGUGUGGUCACCGUGUCGCAGAUCACACCCAUUCAGACAUCUCUGGCCUACGUGAAAACCAGCGAGUCCCUGAAGCAGAACAACCGCGAUGCCAUGGAGCGUAAGCCCAGUGGCGGGGCUGACGCUAAAUGUCUCAAAGUCAACAGCCCCAUAAGAAUGAAAAACGGCAACGGGAAAGGUUGGCUGCGACUGAAGAAUAAUAUGGGAGCCCACGAGGAGAAAAAGGAAGACUGGAAUAAUGUCACUAAAGCUGAGUCGAUGGGGCUCUUGUCCGAGGACCCCAAGGGCAGCGACUCAGAGAACAGUGUGACCAAAAACCCAUUAAGGAAAACAGAUUCCUGUGACAGUGGGAUUACAAAAAGUGACCUUCGUUUGGAUAAGGCUGGGGAGGCGCGAAGUCCGCUGGAGCACAGCCCCAUCCAGGCUGAUGCCAAGCACCCCUUUUAUCCCAUCCCGGAGCAGGCCUUACAAACCACAUUGCAGGAAGUCAAACACGAACUCAAAGAGGACAUUCAGCUGCUGAGCUGCAGAAUGACUGCCCUGGAGAAGCAGGUGGCAGAAAUUUUAAAAAUACUCUCAGAAAAAAGUGUGCCCCAGACCUCUUCUCCCAAAUCCCAAAUGCCACUCCAAGUACCUCCCCAAAUACCCUGUCAGGAUAUUUUUAGUGUUUCAAGGCCUGAGUCACCUGAAUCUGACAAAGAUGAAAUCCACUUUUAAUAGACAUAUAUAUAUAUACAUAUAUAUUUGUUAAUAUAUUAAAAGCAGUAUAUACGUCUAUAUACAUGUGUGUAUAUACAGUAUAUACAUAUAUAUAUAUAUUUUCACUUGCUUUCAAUAUGAUGAACACAAUAUGGAUUUUGAUAUGUAAAUAUUGCAUGUCCAGCUGGAUUCUGGCCUGCCAAAGAAGAUAAUUAUUAAAAACAUAGAUAUCGCUUGUAUAUUAUGCAGUUGACUGCAUGUACACUUUACAUUUAUUUAUAAUCUCUAUUCUAUAAUUUUAAAAAAGUAUGGUUUUUGUUAACCAAGGCAAUGUAUGUAAUAGUUAAAGAAUCAGGGUCCAACCUGCCAAUGUUGCCACGACAAAUUUGAUCUCAGGCUGAGUAUAUUGAGCUGUCAUUUCUUCACUCUUUUAAGUUAAAAUUAUACAUUAAUGCCAAGGUAGCAGUCAACUUUUUAAACUGCUAGUGCCAUUUUAUGAUCUAUUUCCACAGGAUAUUUUUCUGUAACUUAGUGUUAGGUUAUUUUCCCCAACAGGCAAUGUUUGCUCCUUUAAAUGACUGUUUUGUUGCCUCAGUUAGAUAGCAAUGUGGGAUACUGAGAACUUAUUGCUAUGGGGUUUGCGCAUGGACUGCAUUUUCGCUUAACUAUACCUCUCCUUUUUUAACGUUAUACUUAGGUAGUAAUCAUUAACUCUUAUGUAAGGAUUCUCCUUCUCGCUCUGUCUUGGAAAAUAGCCACCAUCUUGUAAGCUUAUUAUCAACCCCCCAAAUACUGAACUAUUAAUAUUGUGUAUAUUAUUAUAGAAAUACUGCACUACAGGGUAAAGGGCCUUUUAAUGACUCAUGUUAGAGAUGGUGAUUUUGGAAAGGUGAUGAAUGUUUUACAUUUGUGUUUUUAAAACUUGCUCAAGGGUGAAGUUGAAAGGCUCUUCGUAAAGAAACAAACAAGCAAUCACAGAAACAUUUAGGUAAUCAUAUCAAAAUUUUAAUUAUAGUGAUAUGAAAUAAAAGAAGAAUGUAAAUGGAUAGACAAGUUUUUGUAGCAUAUCUGUGUCUUAUAAACAUAGGUAUGGAAUUUUUCACACCUGAUUCUUACUGCUUAUAGAGAUGACACAUGAAAUGUGGCUAAAAAGAAAAAAAAGCAACAAAACUAAAAGUAGACCUUAAGUUGCUCAACUCAGAUAAUUGUUUUCUAUAAUUUUAUUCUUGGUUAAAAUUUUCUAAAGCUUUUUUUUUUUUUUUGCACACAGUUCUAUUGCUGGAGUUCUGCUGAGUUGAUACAAGAGAUUACUAUAGCUCAGGCAGAUCCACUUGUGAAAGGAGGGUACUGAAGACUGAAUUUCAGUCUUUUGGGCCACAAAUCCUCUUCUUAGAAAGUGCCUAUUAACUUUAAAAAAGUAACAAAACAUUGUGUAUAGCUAGACCCUUAAAUCUGUGUAUUGAGAAUAAAAUGCACAUUCAUUUAUAAGAAACCAGAAAUAUUUAUUUCUUUUAAAUAGAGUUUAAAUAAAGACUAAAGCUUAUGAAGUUGAUCAGAGAGGCAUAGUUUUAAAUUGGUGCAUGCAUGACAUUUAAUAGUGAGAGCAGGGCAGUUAAUGUUUAUAUCAAGUUGAAAAUAUAUAUCAGUUAUUUGUAUAUUAUUGGACCAUCUGUAUGUAUAUGUUAACAACAUACACAAGAUGAUACCAAAAUCAAGGAGAUAUUUGAUGUAUUGUACCCAUUUUUAUGAGCUUUUUAAACUAUCUCUGAGUAUCCUCAAACAAAACUACUAGAACGGAAAGAAAAGUUAUCACAAUCGGCCUGGAGAAGUACAAAAUGAAGUGAUUUAUAAAAAAGUUGUUAUUUUAGAGUUUCUAUUAGAGCUUCUUCCCAUGCCUAUAAGAUGUGCCUCUUUAAUCCAGGCCUCUCGGAACAGGUGUUAUAAUCCAGGACUCGCAGAGCGGGUGUUAUAAUCCAGGACUCUCAGAGCAGGUGUUAUGUGCCGUGGGUUCCACUUCCCUUUCUCUGUGCCCACAGCUUCCAUUACUCACAAUGGAAGUUUUCAGGGCAGGAGGUUUCCAUGCUAUGCUGUAAAAUCUACCUGCCAUGGCACAAAACAGAAAGGUCAUCAUGGUGUUAAGAAUCAGCGUUGACAUUGUGACUCCGUUGCUUUCAUGAUGAGAAUGGUACCUUUAUCUUGACCUCUGAUAUUUAUUGAAAUUCAGGGUAUUUUCUAUUUAACCAUAUAUGAAACAGGCUUAUCUAAGCUUUUGGAACUGAGUGAGUGGUAAAAAUAAUCUGAGUACAGAAACAGUCAGUUUAGUCACGAGCUUCAAAGAUAAUAGUUGGUAUAAAGGUAUAAGUGACUGUAAAACAGCAGGGAGGCUUGAAAUUGCCAUCCAUGCCUUUGCUUGUUAGCAUUGCUAAUAUUUGCUAUGUUCUUACAUUGAUUCAGAGCCUCAUCUAAUUGACCUAUAAUGUUAUUGUUCAGAUACAUGGGAAAGAAAUACAUGUUUUUGAACUACUUCUGGUUGUCACUAAGGAGGAAAAAGUAUCAGUUGCUUAUUUAUGGUGCAGUUAUCACAGUAUUCUUUUCCAGCCACCUCUGUGUGCAUGAUAUGAUGAGGUGCAGAAUGUACUCUUCUAUUUUCAGCAGGAAUGCAUGUGUUCAGAAAACAUUGUAUGUAGAGUAGGCUUCUAGCUUCCCAGAUUCCACACCUCUUACCAGUCGAAUUUACUCAGUUUUGAAUGAAGGGUGAGCACUUGCUUUCAUUUGUGCAAUAGUGGUGUAGUCAUGUUAGGUGUUGCCUCAACCAGCACAUAGAUGGUAGGUUCCCUUUGGGGGGACCAGACGACUGCAUGUUUUAUUCUUACACUGUUUAGAUGCUCUCUGUACAUCCAAAAUAAAGUUUUUACUACUAUCUUUCUGAAUGAUGUAAUAAUAGUAAAUAGAUAUAUGUUUAAAAUUUGAACAUUUUUUCAAAGCAAGUUACACACCUUCGCUAUAUUUCUAUGAUAAUGUGUAAGAUCAGAUGCUACACUGUGGACAUGAGGUUGUAAUGUGAGAGCAGAAGUGAAACAAAAAUGGAAAUGUGAGCUGCAUAUCAUAAUGGCAAGUUUUAUUAGUCUGUAUUAUGGUAUUAUGACACUGAAUGUGAUGUAGUAGACAGAGGAGCUUAUGAUAAAAGCCAAAUAGGAACACAAAAGGCAGCUGACAAUGCCAAAGUUGCUAGUGUCCCACAUUGACAUAAAUAGGUCUGAGAAUGGUCCGGGCAUAGAUAUUGAAUAGAGAUACUCAUUGUUAAAAUGGAAAAUUUUUAUUAUGACCCUGGUUUCUUCUCCCAUUGAGUAUAGAAGUACAAAUUCCUAAGUAUUCAGUUAAAAAUUUAUGCAGAUCAGGGCAAGACAAUUAGAAAUUUUGGGGUUUUUUAAGUUGCUCCUAAGAACAAAUAUAUACUCCUCGAGUACCCAGCACUUUAAUAGGAAUAUUAAUAAUGUCUACUAACUAAAGUACAUUUUUCAAAUUAAUCUUAUUGGAGCCCAAAUGAAAAUCACAACUUUCCUUCCUUAAAUUUAAGGGGAUUUUGUUCACUUGUGAGAUCUGACCCAUUUGCUCUUCUAUUUUAAAUAACUAAAUUCUUUCAGAAAACUUUUUUUAAGUUAGUCCUCAGAGCAGUGACUGUUUUUGAAUUGUACAGUGGCGGAUACUAGCGAAAUUAUUUGUCACAUUCCUAGUGAAUUCUAUUAUCUUGUAUAAUCUUUGUCUUUCAAGCUAUUUUAUGUCUCUUUUCCAAAGUUUUAUCUAAGUAAUGAGAAAAUUUGUCUAAAUAUGCAUAUCAUACAUGGAUAACUUUAAAAUAUGAAUAUUUUGUAAUUAUACAAAUGUUGUGUUUCAUACUUUGUUAUAUAUAAGAGUAUUUCUCUUGUAGUCAUGAUGAAAAGGAAGAAGAGAAAGAACGUUAUUUUGGAAAACUAAGAUACAGCCUAGGAUGAAUACCUAAGCUUUGUCUUGUAUUUUGAAUCUAGCUUUGCCACAAUUUCAGUGUAACUUUGGGUAAGUUAACUCUUUAGUGUAUCUGGGGCUUCAGUUUCCCUAUCAAUAAAUAAAAAAUUAAGGUAAGGAUUGCUCCUUUCUUCUAUCAAGAUGAUGUUAGGCCAGUGGAAAAUCAUUUUCUUUUCAGAUGAAACAUUCAGACAAAUUAUUAUUUUUUUUUCCUUCAUAGGAGACUAGAUAAGGUGCACUCUCUAAAUAUUCUUCUAGGUUUUAGAGGAGACUUCUCUGGUCAGAGGUUUGUGGGGAAAGGCAGUUGUUGGUCAAUGGCAUGCAAGCAUAAGCCUUGAAAAUUAUCUGGGAAUAUAGAACUACUAAUCAAAUAAAUAUGGAAAGGACUAAUCAAAUAAUCAUUAAGGACUUUCAGGAAGGAAGAGAGAAGAGCAAAAGACAUAAAUAUUAUAAUUUUUCUUAUUCUACUUAAUCAUACUGCUCAGCAGAAGUUCUCACUUUUGUGAGAAAAAGUAAACAGGAGUUCCCGUCGUGGCCCAGUGGUUAAUGAAUCCUUCUAGGAACCAUGAGGUUGCAGGUUCGAUCCCUGGCCUUGCUCAGUAGGUUGAGGAUCUGGCGUUGGCAUGAGCUGUGGUGUAGGCUGCAGAUGCAGCUCGGAUCCUGCGUUGUCUGUGGCUCUGGCAUAGGCCAGCGGCUAUAGCUCCGAUUCAACCCCUAGCCUGGGAACCUCCAUAUGCCGCAGGAACGGCCCUAGAAAAGGCAAAAAGACAAAAAAAAAAAAAAAAAAGAAAAAAGAAAAAGUAAACAAAUUGGUGAGUAUUCAAGGUAUAGAGUAGUUCAUCAUUAACUCUCUGUGUGAAAAUAAUUACGACUUAUCCACAUAGGAAAUUUUUUUGUCUUUUUAGGGCUGCACCUAUAGCAUAUGGAGGUUCCCAGGCUAGGGGUCAAAUUGGAGAUGGAGCUGCUGGCCUACACCAUAGCCAUAGCAACAUCAGAUCCAAGC